AGACAUUGACCAAUGGAUUAGGACAGGGAGGGACGUCCGUUGCUAUGGGCGAGUGGACUGGCAGGUGAAACUGGACUGCUGACUCGUGAACAGCAGCAGGAACAGGAGGAGCAGCAGUAGCAGGAGUAACAGCAGGAGGAACAGCAGUAGCAGGAGUAACAGCAGGAGCAGGAUAGAGUUCAUUUCCAACACUUCUCUGGGAAUUUAAAUCGUCCCAAGUUCGAGAGAUUUGAAAUUGACUGACUUUUGGAUCGGGGCCCUGAUCACAGAGGAAACGUGGACUGUUCCAGCGUCUUCAAAGCCUCCAGGGGAGGUCCAGGAUGAACAAGCUACGGCAGAGUUUCCGGCGGAAGAAAGACGUGUACGUUCCUGAGUCCAGCCGACCGCACCAGUGGCAGACGGACGAGGGGGCGGUCCGCAGGGGAAAGUGUAGCUUCGCAGUCAAGUACCUGGGUCAUGUAGAGGUGGAGGAGUCCAGAGGAAUGCACAUCUGUGAGGAUGCAGUGAAGCAGCUCAAGACGGACAGGAAAUUCUUCAAGGGCUUCUUUACUAAAGCAGGGAAGAAGGCAGUGAGAGCGGUGCUAUGGGUCUCAGCAGACGGUCUCCGAGUAGUAGAUGACAAAACUAAGGACCUGAUCCUAGACCAGACAAUAGAGAAAGUAUCGUUCUGCGCUCCGGACAGGAACUUUGAGAGAGCGUUCUCCUACAUCUGUAGAGAUGGAACUACGAGACGCUGGAUCUGCCACUGCUUCAUGGCUAUCAAGGACUCGGGAGAGCGUCUGAGCCACGCAGUGGGCUGUGCCUUCGCUGCCUGUCUGGAGAGAAAACAGAAGCGAGAGAAGGAGUGUGGUGUCACAGCAACCUUCGACGCCAACAGAACCACCUUCACCAGGGAGGGCUCGUUCCGAGUUACCACGGCGACGGAAGCGGCGGAGCGAGAAGAGGUCAUGAGGCAGUUGCAGGACAAGAAAGCGGAGAGUGAUGUCAAGUCCGCAAUGCCUCUCUCCUCGGGUCCCAGUGUGGGUGUGGUGAACCAGGCUGUGGCCCCUCUACCAGGGUCCCCCUCCUCCUCCCCUCCCCUGGGCAUGGAGAGCACCCUGGGCCUCCAGGUUAUCCCCCGCAGACACGCCCCAGUGGAGGCCCUGGCCAGACAGGGUUCCUUCAGAGGGUUCCCUGCCCUCAACAACAACUCCUCUCCCUUCAAACGGCAGCUGUCCCUCAGGAUGAACGAUCUUCCCUCUACCAUGCAGAGGAAGUCUGACUUCCCCAUGAAGAACACAGUCCCGGAGAUGGAGGGAGAGGGGGACAGCAUCAGCUCGUUGUGUACCCAGAUCGCCUCAGCAUUCAGUGGUCCUCCUGAAGACCCCUUCUCCCAGGCCCCCAUGCCCCGACCAGCUUCCUCCCCACAGUCACCUGUAGCGCCCCUAGGGGCUCAGCCAGGGAACGGUACCGGUCCUGCCUUCCCUCCUGCUGUUGUUGUUGCUGCUAACUCUCCAGCACUGCCCCCUCCACUACCUGCUCGAGACACUAACCCUUGGGCCAAGACCCCGAGCCCCCACUGCCAAGCAGGGCAACAUACCUCAGCUGCCUCUACCUCUGCACACCCAGGAGCUGAUUGGACAACCCCAGUGAUUGUAGCUCCACCCUCCACCACGGCGUCCCCAUCGCACCCAUCCCACCGCCGCACGCCGUCCGAGGCUGACCGCUGGCUCGAGGAGGUCACCAAGUCUAUCUGCGCUCUGCAGCCCGCGUCCACACCCCCCUUCCAACCGUUCCUCACCCCCAACCCGCCAGCCUUGUCCACCACCCCAACCCAGGCAUUCUCAACCACACUACCCACAGGCCAGCCCUUCUCUGCCCCCAUGCCUGUGCCAUCUGUUGCUCCCGUGGCCUUCAUGUCCUCCCUGCCCCCUCGCCAGCCUGCCUACCCAAUGUCCAACGGGCUGCCCUAUGCCCAGCCCAGUGUGCCGGUGGUGGGCAUCACCUCCUCUCAGAUGGUAGCCUAUUUGUUUGGUUCAACCCCCCAGACCCAGGCGUACCCCAUCCCCCAGUAUGAUCCUUACAACAACCCCCAUCAGCAGCCCUCGAUGCCCCUGCCUGUCCCCCUUCAGCCACCCAAUGGGAGUGUAGCCUUCAAUGGGGGCAGAGCUGACAGCUGGGCCCCUCCCUUCCUGCCCCCUCAGUCCUCCCCGGCCCCUCCCCCCCUGCCCCCUCAGUCCUCCCCGGCCCCUCCCCUUCCCUCGCAGCUCCAGCCCGCGGCCGACCCCUUCGAGGCCAAGUGGGCCUCCCUGGAGAGUCGGUCCCGUCAGCACACCACGCCGUCGCCCACUAACCCCUUCUCCUCCGAGCUCCACACAACCUUUGAGAUCCAACUCUAGAGACUGAGAGACUGGGGAGGAGGAGGACUGGGGAGGACUGGUGGAGGGGGAGGACUGGGGGGAGGUGGACUACGGAGGAUGACGACUGGGGAGGAGGAGGACUGGGGAGGACU